AUGCUAUCCUACCUUCUGUUAAUUGCUUUCAUUUUGACCCCCUUUGUGAUAACCAGCCCCUGUGGUGGAGCCCAUGCCAGGGGCAGAUGUGCCCCCACCUUCAUAGGAAGAACCCUACCCUUUCAAAUAACAAAAAAUAAAAUUCAUCACCGGUACAGAAAAAAAAAAGGGACUUAUGUAAUCCGCGCAAGAGGUGGACACUACCAGGAGGAGAGUCGAAAAGGAGAAGGACGAGACAAACGCAGAAGUGGAAGCUCCGGUGACGACAGGGAAGACGCCCAAACGGAGGGGGAAUCUACGCCAAUUCACAAGCACAGCGUGAAGAAGCGCACCCGUAAUGUGCCUGGCAUUUUAAAAAGGAGGAGAAAAAAAAUAUAUACAAAGGAAGAAGUCAAAGCGGAGAAGGACAGACAGUUGAAAGGUAAGUUAAGAAGAAAAAAUGAUUUGGGCCAGGGAAUUCGAAAAAAGGGGAAGAAGCGGGACAGAAGGAUCAACAACACGGAUGGUGCUGACCACGUGCAGAGGCAAACAGACCUCGCCAAUGACACGAGGGGGGACACGCCAAAUGAGGGGAAGCGAAAACACCGUGGAAGGAGAACAAGCCGCGGGAGACGAACCCCGUCGCGCAAGGAGCAAAAAAUCCUGGACAUGUUCCAAAAUGACCUGAACGAGUCCAUCGAAAGGCUAAAUAAAAAAACGAAAAAAUAUGAACUGUGCAGGCAAAAUGAAAACUUGAAAAAUGGAAUGCAGAGCAACGAAAUACUUCGCAAGGUGUUAGCGGCAGGGAGGUCUUCAGGAGGAAGAAGCAGAGGUGGAGAACGGAAAGGGCGGACAGAACAAAGAGGGAGCAGUCCUCCCAGGGUACAUGCUGUUCAGAUGAAUCGACGCCUCGGAAGAUAUGUGGACGAUAUUAGCGAUGACGCAGGGGAGGGGAAAAAUAAAAAUUUGCAUGAGAACACGCAAAAGGAGACCAACGAGGAACAGAAGGUACAACUGUAUUCAUCACCGUGUCGGGAAGGGAAAACUCACAAAGGGAACACACACGGUAAGGAAAAAAAAACAAAUUUGGGGGAAACCAACAUGGUCAAGUUGAAUCAGAGCAAGGGAAGAAAUUUUCCCCUCGAGGAAGACCCUGAUAAGGACGUGGAAACAAACGAGAGCAUGCACACCGAUCAAGUCGAAGGAGACAACUUAAAGCAAAUAAAAGCCACAAUUAAAAUUGGGAAGAGUGUAGACCCCUUUAGAAGAAAAAUUCAAAUCAAUUACGAGAAUUCUGCAUUGAGCGAUGGUGCGCGUAAACGAUUGGCCAAGUUUAGCAGCAUCAUUGAUUUGAAUGCAGAUGGAGGGGAGAAGAAGCGCGACACAAAGGAGGACGCUAAGGCCACGAAGGAGAAGUACCUUACCUUUGAAGAACUGGGUAUCUGUGACAACUUCCUCAAUGUCUACUUAAAAUAUAAUGGAAUUGAAAAACCGACGGAGUACCAGGCCAAGUUCAUCCCGCUGCUUAUUUUUUUCAUGAAUAAUGGGUAUAGCGACUGGAGGAAUUGCUCGGGGGGGGGUGCAAACAUGUGGGGAGAAGCCUCAGCUCCCCCAACCACGUCACUGCUUCCAACGACAACAACCCCUGUCGAGCGCAUAAUUUACGUGAACAAGUACAACGAGCGCAGUGGCAAACUGGUGCGGACCUUCUUCCUGCACUGCCCCACGGGGACAGGGAAGACGCUCAUGUACGUUCUUCCUCUCUUCCAGCACAUCACGAAUGUGUGUUUUGGCGUCACCCCAUGUUGGGAUAAGACAGAAGAGGGGGAGCUGCCACGUGUAGAUGGCGAGUCAGAAGGGAGUUCGAAUGAGACGUCAUGUCCCUACGCCGCGUCAACCUCGUAUGCAAGCACCCCUCAGGAGGAGGAAACCUUUUACGUAAGGAAGGAAAUUAAUGCGGACGUGACUUCCUUCCUCUGUUCCAACGUGAAACAAGAGCAGCAGCAUUUCAUCACCAAAAACAGGCGUAACGUGGCUGCCAUGGUGAACACCUUAACCAGGACGAACUCGCCCGGAGAGGAGCUAGCUGUACAGAUAUAUCACUUGUGUAAAGAUUUAAUUGAUUCAUUUUUCAAAUCCUCCAGGUCCAAAUUCUUCGAACUUAACGACUCCCUCUUGUGGUCCCACUUGCCAAAGGUAGACCAACAAAGGAGGACCCUACUGGAGCGCUUAAAUGUGGACUUGAAAAAAAAAAAAAAUUUAAAUGUGCAUUUACUAAUAGGGGGGAACAACAUCAAAUAUCAGGUGAAGGGGUUGAAGCGGCCUAAGCUGCACUUGGCAGAGGAGUCCCCUGAGGAGAGCAGCAAAGGUGGUGCGGGGAAAGCCCCUUCCUUGGGGGAGGACCCACCCGAGGAACACUUGCCCACAAUGCAGGAAGACCCCAUCGAGCACGUUAACAUAUACGUAGGAACACCUGGCAGAUUAGAAAGGUUAAUAAAUGAAAAGCAAAUUAUUAACCUCGACAAUAUUUCAACCAUCGUAUUGGAUGAGUAUGAUUUUUUUUUUAAUUCAUAUGGGAAGAGUAAUGAAGGGACAAAGACAGACAAACCCCAAGUGGAAAAUGAAUUUUUUUCAAACAUAUUAAGAAGCAUAUAUAGUACUACGAAAAAGGGUCAGCCCGGGAGGAGUCCUCUCCUUUCGUGGAAUUCCCUCACCAACGUCAUUUGUUGCAGUGCCACUCCCGCGGUGUAUUCCUACUUGACGUUCACGCGGCAUAUCAUUACGACUAACUUUUUGCGCCACCUCCAUGGGGAGAAGGAAUCGUUCGAAAGGAAGGAAGCAGAUGUGGAUGGAGAGGCACCUGAGGGAGGACACUCAAGUGGAAAAGGGUUCGUACCGGGGAACCGCCCCCCUAUUGAUCGCAAAUUGGAGCAAAGUAUGUUAAACGAACUGUUCAACCUGAAGGAGUUUGGAAGGAUACCCAGCAACUUGAUUCACCUAAAUUACACCUACGAUAGGAGGAACCGAGAAUGGAGUAACAGCGCCACAAUGAACUUUCUAAAUGUACUGUUUUCGAACCCCCUGAGGAAAAACGUCCUGGUGUUCUGCAAUACCAAGAAACGAGUGAUGGACCUGUGGAGCCUCUUCCGCAACCGAUUCGACGUGGACAUCCAGACCAUCUUUGCGGAGAAAAACAAAAAAAGAAAAAAAAUAUUCAAAGAUAUUAAUUACGCCAACUUUUUUAAAAAUGACUUGGUCGAUUAUAAGAAUCUUAAAAAGUACGUGAACUUUAUGUUCCUCUCGACCAACCUGCUUUACCGGGGGAUCAACUGCAUGGGCUUCACCACCAUCGUCAACAUUGACAUGCCUUCAGACCCGAACGAGUACGUCCACAGGUGCGGAAGAAUAGGAAGGAUAAACAACAAGGGAAUUAUUAUUAACAUUUUCGAACAGAGCUUCCGACGCACAUACAACAGGAGGAUCUUUUCCAAGCUGGGCAUCCAGCCCUACGACAUCGACUGCUACAUGAACAAUUUGUUCACGCUGGGGAAGGGGGAAGUUCAGGGCGACGUCGGAAAAGAAGUUUGCAAAAAAAGUGGCCAAGUGGACCAAGUUGAACUCCAAAGCGGGCUCCGUGACGACUCACGCCAGCACUAG